AUUUAUUUAUUUCAUGCAUGCUCAUCGAUCACCCAUUCCAUGACUUAAAUUAGCUUCAUCUAUCGUUUUAUAUUAUACGAGCUAAGUAAUUAAUUAUCUUUGUUUUAAGAUUAAAAUGGGUGAUAUUGUUGAUGAAAUAAUGGAAGCUCCGGGGUUUCGAUUUUAUCCAACAGAAGAAGAGUUAAUAUCUUUUUAUCUUCAAGAAAAGCUUCAAGGACGAGGAGGACAAGAUAUCGAAGGUGUUAUACCUGUGGUUUAUAUUUAUGAUUAUAAUCCAUGGGAUCUUCCACAAUUAUCAGGAGAGCGAUGUAGGUGUGACCCUCAAGUACAAGAAUGGUUCUUCUUCACACCAAAACAAGAGAGACAAGUAAAAGGAGGAAGGCCGAACCGCCUCACCACUACCGGCUACUGGAAAGCCACUGGGUCACCUGGUUAUGUCUACUCCUCUUCUGAUAAUAAAAUCAUUGGUGUUAAGAGAACAAUGGUUUUCUACCAUGGACGAGCUCGUAGUAGAUCAGGCUCUAAGACUGAGUGGAAGAUGAAUGAGUACAUGGCCAUUGAUCAUCAACCCUCUUCUUCAACUAAUCCUAUUCCAUCUCAAAAGGGAGAGUUCACAAUAUGCCGAGUUUACAUAAAAUCAAAGUGUUUGCGAGCAUUUGAUAGACGACCAGCUGCACCACCCAUGAACACACCCGCAUUAUUAUCAGCUCAACAAGUUGAUCAUAAUCAACCAAGUUCAUCUGACCAACACCAAAUUCAAGCUCGAUCAAUGGUGGAGAUUCGGAGGUGUAGAUCAAGUGAGAGCUCGUGGUCAUCAGGGGAAGAAGCUGCAGUUAAUAAUAACAAUAAUAAUGAUGCUACUCAAGGAUUAAAUAAUAAUCAAGUCAACAUUAUUAUGGACAUGGAAUGUGAUCAACAACAACCUCUUUGGGAAUGGGACGAUUCCUGGAUGAAUCACUGGAACCUUUCAACUCAUUAUUGAUUUAGUUUUAAGAUUUACGUAGUACGUAGUACUACAUUAUAAUUUAAUUUUCACACUUAAUUUAUGGUAGAUGAGAAUGCA